CACCCUGGUUAAGCCUGUCAGUGAGCGGCCUUCCCUCUGACGACAACAUGGCGCUCAACCUGGUGGCCAAAGUUCAUCCCGUGGUGUUUUUCACCAUUGUGGAUUCCUACGAAAGAAGAAAUCCUGAUGCUCAUCGUGUAAUAGGAACAUUAUUAGGUACCAUAGGUGUGGAUAAGGGAGCCAUUGAGAUAACUAACUGCUUCUGUGUUCCUCACAAUGAGUCAAAAGAAGAGGUUGCAGUGGAGCUGGACUUUGCUAAAGAUAUGUACGAACUACACCGCAAAGUAAAUCCCGGCGAGGUGAUUGUGGGGUGGUGGGCAACUGGCCACGAGAUCACCGACCACUCUCUGCUCAUCCACGACUACUACUCCCGCGUCACCAACAACCCCAUCCAUCUCACUGUGGACACAACUCUGCACGGAGGCCGCAUGAACAUCAAGGGAUAUGUUAGUGCCAGCAUGGGGGUUCCUGGCCGCACCCCAGGCACCAUGUUUGCCCCUAUUCCGGUUGAGGUCAUCUCCUAUGCACCAGAGAUUGUUGGAACAAAUGCCACCCAGAAGAGCAAAUACAGUAGGCAGCGUCUAGUGGAUCCCACGACUGACCUGCAUCAAAUUUCUGAAGCAACCCAGAACAUGGAGGCAACACUUGAGACUCUCAUCUCCUACGUUGAUGAUGUCCUAAGUGGAAAAGUACCAGCUGAUAAUUACAUUGGCCGCGAGUUGACCAGGAUGGUAAACCAGGUUCCCAAGAUGUCUGCCCAUGACUUUGAAGAAAUGCUGAACACCAACAUGAAGGAUCUUCUAAUGGUCAUCUACUUGUCUCAGCUGACUAAGGUCAAUGUGAGUCUGAAUGAGAAGCUGACAAUGCUGGUAGCAACACAGUAGAUCUUGGAUUUUAUAUUAAAGAAACAAGGAAACCAAAAUGAAAGAUUACUUCUCCAUGAUCUGAAGUUAAUUUUGUUUAGAAAAUAAAACCCCUAAUGCCAAUACUCA